CCCCUCCAGCAACUGGGAGGUGGGACUCUUAGCAGCUGGCCCAGGGUGGCGGUCGGCUGGGUCAGGGACUCACGGCACCUGCUGGACCACCUCACCUUCUCCACCGAAGCAGCAAAGUGGGAGCCUCGAGCCUUCGGGUACGUCUCCCCCAGAACGGAAAGGGCUAUGCCUCCAGGUGAAAGCUGACCCCACUCCACCCUUCACCUGGACAAGAUGAGAGUGUCAGGUGUGUUUCGCAUCCUGGCCCUCAUCUUUGCCACGGUCACCACGUGGAUCAUUGUUCGAAACCACAUGGGCUUCAGCAUGAAAACCAUCCGUCUGCCGCGCUGGCUGGGCUCGUCCACCAAGGAGACCCAGGUCAUGAAGCACAAAUGUGGCCUCAUCAAACCCUGCUCAGCCAACUACUUUGCGUUUAAAAUCGGCAGCGGGGCUGCCAACGUCGUGGGCCCUACUAUGUGCUUUGAAAAUCACAUAAUCAUGAGUCCUGUGAAAAACAACGUGGGCAGAGGCCUGAACAUCGCCCUGGUGAACGGAACCACGGGAGCGGUGCUGAGUCAGAACACAUUUGACAUGUACUCUGGAGAUAUUAAGCACCUGGUGAAAUUCCUUAAAGAAAUUCCAGAGGGUGCACUGGUGCUGGUGGCCUCCUACGACGACCCGGGGACCAAAAUGAAUGAUGAAGCCAGGAAACUCUUCGCCAACCUGGGGAGUUCCUACGCAAAACAGCUGGGCUUCCGGGACAGCUGGGUCUUCAUAGGAGCCAAAAACCUCAGAAAUAAAAGCCCCUUUGAGCAGUUCUUAAAGAACAACCCAAAAACCAACAAAUACGAGGGAUGGCCAGAGCUGCUGGAGAUGGAGGGCUGCGUGCCCGCAAGGCCAUUUUAGGGUGACUAUGGCUCUUCUUGUGCUUGGGGACCUGAAGAAGCUCCUGCCUGACUUAGGAGUCAGAGCCCAGCAGGCGCCAAGGAGGAGGAGCAGAGGGUGCCGCGUGGAAGGCGCUGUCUGUCGGUCCUUGUGCGCUGUGUCGCGCUUUCCCUCCUCGGAAGCAGAACCCUCCCACAGCACAUCCCACCUAGGAGACCAGCCUCAGAGGGCCCUUCCGGAACCAGCUGUCUGUGGUGAGAACAGGGUGCUUUCAUCAGGGACCGCUGACGGCCUAGGACUGACUGCCCACAAAUGAGCCCAAUUAAAUUUUAUUUUUGCUGGUUUUCAGUGAA